CAGGAGUGGUUCGUACGUCUCCAGUCGAGGUACGAGGUGGUGGCGCAGCUCAGCGACCGCUACGUUGGCGCGCCGUGGGAUACGUUGAGGGAGGGUCUGCUACCGUCGGAUUCGGGCUCGAGUUCCGGUGGCAAGUGCCCGUUGGGAUUCGGAGCGAAGACAGUGGACAAGGUUGUGUCGCGCAAGGCAGAAGAUGUGGAUGAUAUGCGGACGAUCACGUUCCAAGGUCGACGUUAUGAUGUGGCGAACUCGAGUUUGUUCCAGCCGGAGGGCGGACAGUUUGCACACUUCGUCGGUCACGAUGUCACGUACGCGUUAGCGGUGCACUCGACGCGACUUGAAGAUCUGGAUGUGACGCCUUCGAGAGGGCAUACUUUUGAAGAGCAGUUGCUGCUGGAGAGGUACCGGAACUUCUUCGCACGUGAAUUGGCGCUAGUAGAAGUUGACGCUGAACAGAAGGAGAGUGGUGGCCAGGCGGAGGUGAUUGAUCUGCACCAAGUGGUUGAAGAGAGUGACGGCGUGGCACAGGAAGAGGGCGUGCAACGAGUGAAAAAAGCGCUAGAAGUUGCGAGCUCUGACCAAGUGAACGCUGUGUGCUCUCGGACCACGAUGACUCCGUUACACAAGGCCGUGGAGAAGCACCGCCUGGAUCUCGUAAAGGUGUUGGUACAGGCUGGUGCAGAUGUCAAGGCGCGUGCAGCCCUGUACGACGACGAAACGCCGUUAGAAAUGGCGCGCCGAUUUCACUUCGACGACAUUGCCACGCAUCUCGAAGCCGUCGCCGUA